AUGAACACAUGCAAGUUCUCUUUUUCUUGGACUUACGCUCCCAAUGUCGUUGUAUCAUGCAAAGAUGACGUCUGCAUUCCCCGAGCCCAGCCAUUUACGUGGCUUCUUUCCAGGCUGAUUCUUACCCACGGAAUUCCAAAGUUUGCUGAGUCGGAUUUCUCUGACGCCCUCCAGGUGUUCAUUGAGGAAGAGGAAAAGAAAUUUUACGACAAGAGUGCGACUCAGUUGUAUGACGAAUUCCUUUCUGAUGAUUCGAAUGGAGAAAAUAUUGCAGCUGACCUGGAGACGGCCGUGGAUGAGCGUACGACAUCGCGUCGUCAACUUGAGUCUCUGGCAGACGAAGAUAUUUUUGGUCAAGCCUAUGCAAGGAUAGUGCAGUCAGCGACUGCGAUGGAUUUAGUUCAACUUGAACACUCGUUUGCUGUCGCUGUUGAAACAGAAAUUACCGAACGCAAGCGGGCUCUCGAAGAUCUUCAAAAAAUGCACGUUAUUCAUUCUACUUUAAUGCUUUACAUACAAUUCAUGCCGGGUGUGACAGAUACCAUAAGUUGUCAUCAAAAUGUCGAAGAGACAGCUUCGCUGAUUGCAAAGGGCGGAAGCGACGAGGCUGUCUCAGAACUGCAGCGCCGUUUUCAUGCCGACUAUGAGAUCCUAAAGACCCAGUGGGACAGCCGUAUCAGUGAGUUGAAGGAACUGCAACGCCGAAACUACCGAUCAUUUGUGAUGUCGGUGGAAGAGCAGCUACCUCAGACGUUGCCGCGCACAUCACCUUCCGAUGCUAGUCGUCGUGGCACUGCUCCCAGGUUUGUAAUGAUUGCUAAACCCUUUUGCCUACUUGCAUAG